AUGACCUCACAGGACAGCUACAAGCGGUACAAGGAUGCCAGUCUGCCUAUUGAAGAGCGGGUGGAGGAUCUGCUAGGCCUGAUGACCGUCGAGGAGAAGGCGGGACUGCUGUUCCAGAAUAUGGUCAGCGUCGGACCUGGAGGCAAGCUGCAGACCGAACGAGAUGAGCGGUUCCAUAUCGAGCCGACUCGGGCGUUGGUCAAGGACAAACUGAUGUCGCAUUUCAACAUCCGGGGAUCGAUUGCAGACGCACGAGAGACGGCGGAAUGGCACAAUCGCGUGCAGGAACUGGCUCUGUCGACUCGACUCGCUAUCCCGGUCACGAUAUCGACUGACCCGCGCCACCAUUUCACGGAUAACGUGGGGACCUCGGCCAGAGCGGGCGUGCUUUCGCAGUGGCCUGAAAGCCUGGGGUUUGCCGCCCUGCAGUCCGCCGAGCUGGUGGAACAGUUUGCAGACAUUGCCCGGCAGGAAUACCUUGCCUUGGGGAUCCGGCUGGCGCUACAUCCCCAGGUCGACCUGGCGACAGAGCCGCGGUGGGCGCGCUCCGGGGCAACGUUUGGCGAAGAUGCAACCCUGUCGGCCGAGCUUGUCGCGGCGUACAUUCGCGGGUUUCAGGGUAAAGGGCCUGGGUUGGGGUCGGAGUCGGUGUCGACCAUGACGAAACACUUUCCCGGUGGGGGCCCGCAAAAGGACGGCGAAGACUCCCAUUUCACAUACGGCAAGGAGCAGGUGUACCCCGGUGGCAAGAUGGAGUACCACCUCAUCCCAUUCAAAGCUGCCAUUGCGGCUGGCGCGGCGCAGAUGAUGCCAUACUACUCGCUAACCCUGGGGACAGAAUACGAGGAGGUCGGGUUUGGUUUCAACAGAGGGAUCAUUACUGGGCUCCUCCGCGAGAAGUUGGGAUUCAGCGGCAUCGUCUGUACAGACUGGGGCCUUGUCACAGACUCGGUGAUUGCCGGGCAGGACAUGCCAGCCCGGGCUUGGGGGGUGGAACAUCUCAGCGAGCUUGAACGGGUGAAGAAAAUUCUCGAUGCUGGCUGCGAUCAGCUCGGCGGCGAAUCUCGCCCGGAACUGGUGGUUCAGCUCGUCGAGCAAGGAUUGGUUUCCGAGGACCGUCUCGAUGUCUCUGUGCGUCGUCUCCUUCAUGAAAAGUUCGCUCUCGGACUCUUCGAGCAGCCUUUUGUCGAUCCGGACAAAGCUGCGGCCGUUGUGGGGAAGCAGUCGUUCCGGGAACUGGGAGAUUCAACCCAGCGACGAGCUUUCACCCUCUUGACCAACCAGAACGACAUUUUACCUCUCGAUCCAGCGACUCUUUGCAAGGUUUAUAUUGAAGGAAUCGAUCCUGCCAUUAUUACCGCACGCGGACUCGAAGUCACGGAUAAGCCCUUGGAUGCAGACAUCGCCCUCUUACGACUCAAAGCCCCUCACCAGGCACGGCCCGGUGGGUUCGAAAACAGAUUUCACAGCGGCUCCCUUGAGUUUUCUGUAGAGGAAAAGUCCCGAUUAGCAGGUAUUUUCCAAGCGGUGCCCACCGUCGUGGACAUCUACCUCGACCGUGCAGCGGUGAUCCCCGAGAUCGCGUCUGCUGCCAAAGCGCUCAUGGCAGAUUACGGCGCCAGUGCCGACGCUUUUCUCGACAUUGUCUUUGGCAAGGCGCGUCCGGAGGGUAGGCUUCCAUUCGACCUUCCCUCGUCGAUGAAGGCUGUCGAGAAAUCCCGGUCAGAUGUGCCUUAUGACACUGCCCACCCCACGUUUCGUUUUGGCCACGGGUUGUCCUACUAG